AUGGAGCUGGUGCGCCUGCUGCUGCGCCUGCUGCACUGGAGCGGCGCCCUGCGACACCCCUCCCCGGCCGCCGGCUGCUACCCGCUCUACUCGGCCGCCCUGCUCGGCCUCACCGCCUGCUUCGUCGCCACACAGGUGGUGUGCUGGUGUGUGGUGCUGUGCCGGCAGGUGGUGUGCUGGUGUGUGGUGCUGUGCCGGCAGGUGGUGUGCUGGUGUAUGGGGCUGUGCCAGCAGGUGGUGUGCUGGUGUGUGGUGCUGUGCCGGCAGGUGGUGUGCUGGUGUGUGGUGCUGUGCCGGCAGGUGGUGUGCUGGUGUGUGGUGCUGUGCCGGCAGGUGGUGUGCUGGUGUGUGGUGCUGUGCCGGCAGGUGGUGUGCUGGUGUGUGGUGCUGUGCCGGCAGGUGGCGGCGGUGGUCGACAGGCAGGCGGGCGCCGACCUGGACCAGGCGACGCUGGCGCUCUGCGUCGCCUCCACCAUGUGCGUCGCCAUCUGCAAGGUCCUCAACAUCCUGCGCUCCGAGCAGCUGUUCCUCAGGCUGGCGCACGAGGUGACGACGCAGCCGGACGGCCUCUCCGCCUGGGAGCGCGCGGCGUGGGUGGCGUCGGCGCGCCGCGUGCGGCGCCUGUCGGCGGUGUACGGCGCGCUGGCCGCCUCCAUGGCCGUCACGUGGCCGGCGGCGCCGCUGGUGGCGCGCGGGGGCGGCGGGGCGCUGCCGUUCGUGGCGCGCUUCCCCUUCGACGUGGGCGCGCCCGCCGGCUACGCGGCCGCCUUCGCCUUCCAGCUGGUCGUCGUCGGCGUGGUGGCCGUCGUCGUGCCCUGCAGCGACCUGUUCACCGUCGCCUGCGUCCAGCGCCUCGGCACGCUGCUGCGCAUCCUGGAGCGCCGCGUCGAGCGCCUCGGAGCCGCGGCCAGUGGAGGGCCGCGCCCCACCCCCGCCACGGGACGCGCCGUCGCCGGCGCCGACCCCCUGCACCGGGCGCUGCGCGACUGCGUCUCGCUCCACCAGCGCAUCAUCAGCGAGGCGGAGUGCCUCAACCAGGCCGUCGGCGGGGCGCUGCUGCCGCAGGUCGUCGCCUCGGCGGCGGGCAUCUGUUUCCUGCUCUUCCAGGUGGCCAAGAAAACCUCGUUCCAUGUGGUGGAGACAGGCAAGCUGCUAGGCUACCUGACGUUCAUGCUGUCGCAGCUGCUCUUCUACUGCUGGUUCGGUGACGACAUGCUUUCCAAGAGCGAGCGCGUCGCGCUGGCGGCCUACCGCUGCGCCUGGCCGGGCGCGCCGCCGCACUUCCAGCGCGCGCUGCUCCUCGUCUCCAUGCGGGCCCGGAAGCCGCUCACGCUGCGCGCCGGCAAGUUCUUCGUCUUCUCCAGGCAGGCCUUCGUCCAGGUGAUGAACGUAUCCUACUCGUACUUCACUGUGCUGCGCAGCCUCUCGGAGGCCUGAGUGGCCGCCCAGCACCGGUUGCAGCCACGGCUCGCAGCCCAUCACGAACAGCACGACCUCGCUGCGCUUCACCCCUGUCUGCUGCUGUCUCACCCGAGAACGCGUCACAAAUACUUCACAAGCAAAGACACAGAAAUUACUAACGGAUUUUCUACUCUAACCGUGCGAUAUUUUCACAAUUUUCCCACCAAAAUAGGUUCUCAAGGUGUUACAGAUGCCUCAAGCAGGACUGUUUAACUUACAAAGAUUUCUCAUGUAUAUUUCAUUACGUUUUCGCCGUAUUACGAUUUCUGUUAUCGUCGUACGCAACUUCACGUAACUGAAAAAUAUUUCGCUUCAAGUGAUGAAAUACAAGUCAAAGGAUCAAACAGAAGUGUUCCAUUCGUUAUGGUUUUGAAAACUGUAGAUGUCAGUGGAAAAUAAAAUUAUGAAAUUACAGCUUCAUUUCCCUACGAUCAGUCAGUAAGAAAACAUCAGAACCUGGAAAAUAAUUUGCAAUUUUUUCACGAAACUGAAUUCCAGUUUCAUGCAGAAAAUUACUGGAGGAAUAUUCUUUAUGUUAAAUCAUUUUUGGAGUCCAACAUAUGAGGAAAACUUCCCACCAAGCCGUAGAAUGCACACAAUUACUAAAAGACAUUCAUCCGAAUUCGUCCGUACUAUAUUCUCUCUGCUCAAUAUGCCAAGCGAAAUUCAAUUUCUUUAAAAAAAAUCGUCUCUAGGUCUAUUAAUUUCUAAUGAGCCAUUGCAAAAAGAAAGAAAUAAAACAUUGUUAAGGCGUUAUAGACUAAGUACAACGUUGCAUUCAGUGGAAUAAAACUUGGUGGAAGAAGGCAAAUAAGGUAAAUUCUGCAUUGA